GAAGGUUUUUGUGAUGGGAAGAAAAUUGGCGUGACAGCUCCUCUUCACUGAUAUUCGUCUGUUGGACACUUUUGGCCUUUUAGGCUCGCCGUCGGCGCGCAACUCAAAGGGGCGUGGCCUACAUCUGUGCCGCCGGCCCGCCACCUAUAAUACUAGUCACUGUUCAGGUGUUUCAUAAUCCCCCACUGGAACAACACCAACAGUGAACUGUGCCUUCCUGCCUGCUAGUUACACUUCAAAAACUUCGGGCUGUUGUUUGCUCUCACCAAGCACAUUUGACGCUAUGAAUUCGGAUGCAGUGUUGUUAGUAGAGACAGUUGAUUUUGCGGCUAGAAAACACCGAAAGCAGCGUCGCAAAGACGAAGAGGGAACGCCUUACAUUAACCACCCAAUUGGAGUUGCAAGGAUUCUCAGCCAUGAAGGUGGUGUCACAGACAUCGAGACUUUGCAAGCUGCUCUGCUUCAUGACACUUUGGAGGACACAGACACAAAACCCGAAGAGCUGGAAACAAAGUUUGGAGCCAUCGUCGCUCGCAUCGUGCGGGAGGUGACGGAUGAUAAGAGUCUGCCCAAACAGGAGCGUAAGCGUCUGCAGGUUGAACAUGCACCUCAUUGUAGCCGCCAGGCCAAACUGGUCAAACUGGCUGACAAACUGUACAACCUGAGGGACCUGAACCGCUGCACACCAGUCGGUUGGACAGCUGAGCGAGUCCAGCAGUAUUUUGUGUGGGCUUCAGAGGUGGUGAAAGGCUUGAAAGGUACCAACUCGACUCUUGAGGACAAGCUGGAGGAAUUGUUCAAACAGAGAGGAGUGCAGCUGUAAAAGACCCAAUGGGAAUCACCUUUUGCAUCAUUUCUAAAUGUUUGAAUUGAAUACACAUUUCAUAUAUAUAUAUAUUAUUGUUUGUAGUUUCAUUGAAGCCCCCUAAAGAAAAAGCCAGCUGCUUAUUUUAGUUUUUUUUCUCUUGCACAUUCCGUUCUCAUCACUUGAGCACAGAGGUAGAAAUGUACAGUAUUUUAUGGACAUGCUAUGCAGCCGAUCACUCGUGAAGAAACAGGAUCAUACCAUUAUGUAAAAGUAGACAGAUGGCGUUGCCAAAUUAUUGACUUUAAAAUGCAUAUUCAGCGAGUAUUCAGACCCAUCUAGCAACUUUUUUUCUGUUCCCUUUAAAGACCCGCAUUUGCAACAUGCAAAAGUAUUACAAAAAUGACAAUUUUGGAGCAUUCACAGUAUUUGGGUAGCAAUAAUUAAUUGUUUUAAAUGUAAUGGAGCACUUAAUUUAUUAGUGUGAAAUGCAAGCUUAUUUAGUCACGGCAACGUAACCACUCAGAGUCAAAUUCGGAAAGAGUUGUCGAUUAUUUGAGGUUAUCAGUUGAUACUUUUGCAAAUCAUUUUUUCAGUAAAAUGCUGUAAACUAGAGAUGUGACAUUCACGAAUGAAUCGAGUCUUUUGUACGGUUCUUUUAAGUGAAUGAUAAGAACCGAUUACCAGUUGUGAGACGUUCGUUUGGGAGCCCUUUUUUAUGCACAUGCAGCUACAGCGUCGGCAAUUGCUCACGCUACAAAAAAUGCAUCAUACUUAAAGGAAACUUCACUCGAUAGUCACAAGCACACGCAAACAUGUUACAUAGAAUCCACAAAACUUGCAACAGAGGGGAGGUGAAUUGGGCAAGGGGGCUAAGGUGGCAGGCUGCUGCUAUCUUAAGCACUGCUCAGCCAUCCAUCGCCUCUAAUGGGUUCAAGCAGCGGCAAAAAGGCGUGGGGGUGAGGGGCUCCAUGUGCAUAUGCCCAUUGUCCAGAGUGUAGAUGUUGGUUUAUGUCAAAAUAUGUAUUUGGGGCAGGCUGCCACAAUUACAUUGAUGAAUGGGAAAAAUGUAAUGUUUAUCAUAAUGUGUUUACAUAUACAGUAUACAGAUUAGAGUUGCAACUAUUGACUAUUUUGACAGUGGACUAAUAAACAAUUUUAUUGGUGCGUCGACUAAUCGGAUUAUGAAGCCUACACCAUCGGUUUAUAAAUUCAGCUAGAGAUAUUUUUAGGCACGUGCUAACUAUCAAAAAACAAUAAAGGUGACUACUUAGAAUACAUUUUUGUCUAUUUAAAAGCAAGCUGUAGAAAACAUCAACUGUACCUGUGAAUGUCUUAUAUAGACUACAAAAAUAAUAUAAAUAAUAAAGUAAUUGUAGACUCAAAUAUGGCAUUAAAGGCCUACUGAAAUUAAUUUUUUUUAGUUAAACGGGGAUAGCAGAUCCAUUCUAUGUGUCAUACUUGAUCAUUUCGCGAUAUUGCCAUAUUUUUGCUGAAAGGAUUUAGUAUAGAACAACGACGAUAAAGUUCGCAACUUUUGGUCGCUGAUAAAAAAAAAGCCUUGCCUAUACCGGAAGUAGCGUGACGUCACAGGAGGAAGGAUUCCUCACAAUUCCCCGUUGUUUACAAUGGAGCGAGAGAGAUUCGGACAGAGAAAGCGACGAUUACCUCAUUAAUUUGAGCGAGGAUGAAAGAUUCGUGGAUGAGGUACGUUGGAGUGAAGGACUAGAGAGGCAGUGCAGGGUGUAUCUUUUUUCACUCUGACCGUAACUUAGGUACAAGGUCUCAUUGGAUUCCACACACUCUUCUUUUUCUAUUGUGGAUCACGGAUUUGUAUUUUAAACCACCUCGGAUACUAUAUCCUCUUGAAAAUGAGACUCGAGAACGCGAAAUGGACAUUCAUAGUGACUUUUAUCUCCACGACAAAACAUCGGCGAAGCUCUUUAGCUACUGAGCUAACGUGAUAGCAUCUGGCUCAAAUGCAGAUAGAAACAAAAUAAAUAAAUCCCUGACUGGAAGAAUAGACAGAAGAUCAACAAUACUAUUAAACCAUGGACAUGUAACUUCACGGUUAAUAAUUCUCAGCCUGGCAAAGCUUAACAAUGCUGUUGCUAACGACGCUGAAGCUAACUUAGCAACUUAGCAACCGGACCUCACAGAGCUAUGAUAAAAACAUUAGCGCUCCACCUACGCCAGCCAGCCCUCAUCUGCUCAUCAACACCCGUGCUCACCUGCGUUCCAGCGAUCGACGGCGCGACGAAGGACUUCACCCGAUCACAGAUGCGGUUGGCGGCUAGCAUCGGCUAGCGCGUCUGCUAUCCAAGUAAGUCCUUGUUGUGUUGCUACAGCCAGCCGCUAAUACACCGAUCCCACCUACAACUUUCUUCUUUGCAAUCUCCAUUGUUCAUUAAACAAAUUGCAAAAGAUUCACCAACACAGAUGUCCAGAAUACUGUGGAAUUGUUCGAUGAAAACAGAGCAGUUUGUAUGGUGACACAUUGGGUACGAAUACUUCCGUUGCCGUCGUGAAGUCACGCGCAUACGUCAUCAUACAUAGACGUUUCCAACCGGAAGUCUAGCGGGAAAUUUAAAAUUGCACUUUAUAAGUUAACCCGGCCGUAUUGGCAUGUGUUGCAAUGUUAAGAUUUCAUCAUUGAUAUAUAAACUAUCAGACUGCGUGGUCGGUAGUAGUGGGUUUCAGUAGGCCUUUAAAAUAAUUAUCAUUCCACCAAAAACUGCACCUCGGUAUUUAAACAAUAUUACGCUGGUGGACAUAAAUAGUCUGUAGCUAACUAGCUAUCUUGCCGAGGAAAGUGGGAGCCCGCACAUUCCAGAUGUCCGGCAUGUCUGCUUUAAAUGCUCCUGCAUGACCGACAUGCUGCUAUGAAAAUCAAGGUCUGCUUUGCAAAGUGAGCAAGCUAUUUGUGUCUUUGACGUGUUAAGGGUGAAGUGUUCCUAUGCUUUUCAUGUUUUUGCUUGCAAUGUUAUUGCAGUGGCUGCAGCCAUGUUUCUCUUAUUUAUACGUUUGUUUCCGCCCAGUAGAACUCGAAGAAUUACGACACAGAUUAUUGACAAAUACAUUUUUCAGCGACAAAUUUUAUUUUGUCGACAAUGUUGACUCAAUAGCCUACAAAUGUUUCUGAAUGUUAAGACCAAGUGGUGUUAUUCCUCUUUUAUUUAGGUUAUAACCCAACACGCUCCUAUAAAUAGAAAUAAAAGUCAAGAAAAGCUACUGGAGUUCAGUUUAUUAAAAGUGUCCACUUAUCUUCUAAGCCUUUUCAAAUUCAGUCUCGCUAAAUCACCAAAGAACUUAACACAAAGUUAACAUGUGGAUGUUUGUUUUAAAUAUCCUACAUUGGAUUGCUUUUAGCGUCUUAAUUCGCCUACAACAGUGGUGUCAAAGUCAAGGAAUUAAUUAUCUAUGGCCCCCGGGAUGAUAUUUGAUUAGUAUUAGAACCAGCCCGCAGGCCACAGCCGCCUGCUGCUGUUUUGCACGCACCAAUACUCCAUCAGUGUUGGCGCUAGGAAUUUUCAAAAUGGGGUCCCCAUCAAGUCAUAAAAAUGGGGUCUCACAGUACAUUUGUGGGGUCCCACUUUUUUGUAACCGUUUUGAAAACAAAUGAUAAAUGUAUGCAUUAUCCUGUUAUAUCUCACAUUGUGUAUUGUGUUUUGGAAAAAGGUUGUCAUAAACGUUACUUAAGUAAUUAAAAAAAUAAUACAAAAGAAAACAAAUUUUUAUGCAUAUGUAAAUGUAUUCAGUUAUAAACAUUCAUUCACUUUCUUAUUUCCUUCAUGGAUCUAAACUUUACCGCUGCUGGUAUUUUUUUCAAUAUUUUUAUUGAAAAUGUGUUUGUUCUAUUUUUGGCCAAA